UGAAGAUGCAACCAUGAAAGAUCUCGACUCGCAAUCACAGUGGUUAGUGGAAAGAGCUCGGCAAAGCUUGAGAGAGAAUAACCCUUAUGAAGCUAAACCAUGGCUAAUAACUGCUAAGACACUAUAUCCCAAAGAUUUCGGAAUUCAGUAUGAGGCCUACAGCAUUGAGAGAAAUGCUGAAAGAGUUCAAGAGUCUGCCAAGCUUUUCUAUAUAAUGUUUGAACAAUUUCCAGAAAGUGACAUACUCUGGAAUGAAGUUGUUAGCUUCACAGAUGCUCUUGAGAGUGAUGUCAUGGAUCGACAUGGAAAGUUUCUGACAGAUAUGUUUGGUUGUCUUCCGCAGCAUGCUCAGCGAGAGAUACUUCUCAGAGCUGCAGGGAGAUGCAAAGAUUACAUUGAGAGAUGUCGAAUGAUGUUGUUGUUAAUGAGGAGAUUCCCUGAUGUGAUUCCAAAGAAUGGGGUUGCCUUGACAGAGAUGUUGACUGAUGCUGAGAACUCAGAGUAUCCAGCAGCUCCUGUUAAUCCCUACAGGAAGUUGUUAGUUUGUGAUGUAUUGCCUCACUUGCUGGCCAGUGAAAACAUGUCUGUUAAAACUUCAAGUGCUGAAAGUUGUAGUGGUCAAGAUGACGAGGAACAUGUUUCUGGCAUCUCUCUUGCACAAGUGCACAAAUGGCUAGAACUUUCCAUUCAAUUUUACGUUUCCUGUGCCACAGCUCAGAACUUCUUGUCUGAAAACUUUGAUGCUCAACAGAGUAUUAUAGACACAAGUAUUGUAGCAGAAGUGCUUGAUGGACAGGGGCCAUGGAUAGCCCUUCACAAGCUGUUUUAUCUAGCGGCAAAGAAAUGUGGAUGGAUGGAGAUUUGUAGGAUCCAUGACAGACUGGAUUCUAUAAAAUACAGAAGCACCAAUGACUAUUGGACCAGUAUUUCAGACCUGCAUCACAAACUGAAAAAAAUAUCAAAACAUUGCUCAGAAGAAGGCACAGAGGAGGAGGUGCUUGAGAAAACUGGGCUCAUGUUUGCAACCAUCAUCCUGUUCUUACAGACUGUCUGGGAAUAUUGCCGUGUUGUCAACAGACUUGAUGUAAUCUCUUCUUCUGGUCUGGUGUAUCCUUUGGUUCUGGUUGAGGACAGUGUUCAUGUCAACAUUCAACUAUCAGGCAGUGCUUCUGCAAACACUGCUGCAAAUGACAGCCCAGCGCCAAAGAAGAAAAAGCGAAAAUUGGCAUCUGGCAGGUCUGGUUCUCCUACAAAGGACGAUGGCAAGGGCAAGCAACCAUCCCACAUCAUAAUCGAUAAAAACUGUGGUACUCUCAGUCAAAACCUCUCAGAAGAUUUCGCUGUAUCUGUGGAGGCUUGGCAUCUUCUCAACACAUAUCCUGGUUAUAAAAAAGAUUUUCUGCGUCUUUUAGACGACUGGCGUGUGGACCAGUGGAACUGGAUGGGAACGUUCAAAGUGGACCGACUUAUUUACAAGGGUAAAUACAAGAAAGCUGUUGAAUUUCUCCAAGAGCAACGAAAUGUUUUGGAGCAGGACGCUUCGGAAAAUCAAGAGUUACUUAUCAGAGGAGCAAUUCAGUUGUCAUGUUGCUACUUCCGCCUCGAUAAUCACAAGAGAGCAUGUGAAGAAGCACUAUACAGUAUGCAGUUCUUCGUGGCUAGAAGCUCAGCUGGAGAUAACAUGACACUGAAAAGAUCAACUUCAGUACAUCAAGGAAAACUUGAUACGAGUGGAAAUGAGCCGUUAAGCUCGGCCUCUGCUGGCGGUCGAUGUUUAAGACUGAUCCAGUGCAGUGAAACAGAAGUGCUUUCCUUUACAGUCCGUUUACUUCUUUCCUCACUCAAGCAAAGACUGGUGACGGAAGGGCGAAAUGACACACUCCUAGGUCACGUGGUAGUGUUAGUGCAGUUUGGUUGGCCAAGAGAAGAGGAUGCUUUCUGUGAACUCCUGGAUAGGAUCCGGGAUCAGGGCGGAUUGAAAUACCGAGAAUUUUUCAGUUACGUGAACAAUAUCGAUAUUCUGGAGGAGUUCGCACACCUCUACAGUGAUGAUUCGUACAACCUCGAUCUAGUUCCUCAUUCUACUUCUGGUUCAAGUCGGGCAGUAACACGAGGAGUAAACAAGGGAGCCAAGGAAGACUUUCGUGCCGCCAUGGAGAGGCAAGUCGGUCGCAGUGAUGAAAGCUUUGAACCACUCCUCAAAGCUUUCUUACAAAACGAGAAAGAUUCUCUUCUAAGCUGACACAAGCAUGCCGCAACUAUGUAACCAGGCGUAUAACUGAGAAACAAUUCUAAUAAAGCUAGGAACGUAAUGAGAAUUGCUGUGAAUGUAUUAUGGGUUUAGUUUUUUGAGCUUUAAAGAAAUCUUUAUUUUUAUGAGCCCUGUAAAUUGAAAGAAUAGUUCUGCAUUCUCCUGAACCAAACGAGAAGACCAAACCUACUGAUAUGAUGAGUUCCGCACGUGAUUACCUGUUUCGCGCGUGAUGUCUAACUUUGUCUGAAACUGUACUUCGGUGACUAACAUUGUUAUCUAGCCACUAAAAUGUCCCAAGUCUUCACACUAUUGUAUCACUCGUUUCAUUUUAGAAGUUUGACCAAAAUAUUACAAAUACAGAAUAAGAGGAGAUCUUGCACUGUAUAUAUUGAGAAUAAAAUUAGUUGUUAUGGUU